AUUCCGGCCGAGAGCGCAUUGCCCAUUGCCCAUUUGAUCAUCUUCUUCUAUGGACGAGGACGUUGGGCAGGGAAAGCCGUACUCACCGGCACACGCAAUACAAGUGGUGAAGAAGAGGAGCAGCCAUAAGGGAGAUGAUGAGCAGGAGGAGGAAGAGAGCAACGGGAGGGGAAUCAGGAGGAACGUGGGGGCCAUCAAGGAUAGGUUGUUGGAGAAGCUGAGUGCUGCUGCUGUCCCCACUGAUGCCUUGGAGAACGCCCGCCACUUCUUGGAGACAGUGGUGAGGGAUGUGAGGGUGGCCGCUCAUGGUCUCACCAUGGACGCCUUGACCCGGAUUAAGUCUCACCUCUCCGAUUUCCUUCCUUCUCUCUCCCCAGCUCUAGCUAAGAAGAUGGUUGAAGAUGCGGAGAAGGAAGCAGCAAAGCAGGAGGAGGGAGAUGAUGAGCAGCAAAACAAAGGGCAGCAGCAACAGGGAGGCAGUGGGAAUAAUAAGUCUGCGUCGUUGAUGUCCCCAGCAUCAUCCUUGUUUGCUUCAUUGGUUAAACCGCUGUCAAGGCUCUAAGCUAUGUAUAUAUGUAGUACAAGCACCACCACCUUCUCUCUUCCUUGCCUGCUUUCAACGUAGCUACAUAUGUUUUUAAUCCAUCAGAUGUUUCACAUAUAUGCAAGCAACAUGCAGUUUUGGUGCACCACUGUAAUGAAUCUUAGACCUCUAAUAAAAAGGCGCUGGGCUAGACGUCCUUGUGGACGAAGAUGGCCAGGGGUAUUAGAAGCA